UACAGCACUAUUUCCGAUUGAUUAAAUUAAAUCAAUGGCGUCACCGUGAACGUUAUAACCCAUAACGCGCUUUUUUGCAGUUAACUUCUAUAUUUACUGCGAUUUAAAGUUAAUAUUUGGUGUAUAUAUUGUUUCUACACUGCAAGAUAAUAUUGCUGCCGAGGUUGAUAUGAUCAAGAAAUUAUUGUAUAGACUAAUACAUUAGCGAGUGUUUCACCAAGAUGCAGACUAUCAAGUGUGUGGUUGUAGGAGAUGGUGCUGUGGGCAAGACAUGCCUACUCAUCAGCUACACUACCAACAAGUUUCCCUCGGAGUAUGUGCCCACUGUUUUUGAUAACUAUGCCGUAACUGUCAUGAUUGGUGGGGAGCCUUACACUCUAGGGCUCUUUGAUACUGCAGGACAGGAAGAUUAUGACAGGCUACGACCACUGAGUUAUCCUCAGACAGAUGUUUUCCUGGUAUGCUUCAGUGUGGUGAGCCCGAGUUCAUUUGAAAAUGUUAAGGAAAAGUGGGUACCAGAAAUAACACACCAUCAGCAAAAAACACCUUUCCUAUUGGUGGGGACACAGAUUGAUCUUAGGGAUGACCCUGUUACUAUGGAAAAACUUGCUAAGAUAAAACAAAAGCCAGUCUCAUUAGAACAAGGAGAAAAAUUGGCCAAGGAACUGAAAGCUGUUAAAUAUGUAGAAUGCUCUGCACUUACACAGAAAGGGCUGAAGAAUGUGUUUGAUGAGGCUAUACUGGCAGCACUGGAGCCUCCAGAACCAGUGAAGAGAAAGAAGUGUGUGCUACUGUAAUAAGCGGCGACUGCGGGGCUGCGGUGCUGCGGCGCCGCGGCGCGACCGGCGCCGUCGCCACCUCAUGCACGUAUAAAACUAACACUGUAAUAUUCAACUUAUUUUUAUAAACUUAUAAUUAUUGAAUAUAUGCCAUAAACUAAAAAUAAUGAAUAUUACAAUACAACUUGGGUUUUAUGCUAAGACGUAUGUUAUUCAGGCCUUUACAGUUUUCCAUUUAUUAUUAUUUUUUAUUUUUAACAUUUGUAAAGACUUUGUACCCAGUAUGUCUUGUAUACAAAUUAAAAUUAUUUAUAAAUAUUACAAAGUCUGAAAUAGGUAUUACUUGUUACUAAUGCUAAUUAAUAUUUGGAAGAAAGGGACUUUGUAAUGAAAUAUCAUAAUAUAAAAUGUAAUUGCCUUUGCAGUGUUUGCUAAAAUUAAAAGCAAUUUCAUGCACAAUUUGCUAUGCACAGUAUAAUACUAUGCAUUUCUUAUGUUUUAAUAAUGACUUUACUAAAAGUAAACUAAUAAGUUAUAAAAAAUAAUCAUUUACGCCUGUCUUUUGUGACAGCCGUCUAUAUUUGUGUGUUAUUUAUCUUAUUAAAAUGUGUUCUUAGUUUGUCUUUUAAAAUAAAGCUUUCUUUCCAUUAUUAAUAAAGCUAUUCCAGUCAAAUGUAUUAUGUGCCAGACUAAAUAACUAAUCCUGUUAUAAACUCCUGGAGAUUACUUAUACCCUAAUGGUAUUUAUCCUGAACUACAAACAAUAAAAUAUGCUUUAUAAAAUAAUAGUUUAUAUUAUCAUAAUAGGUCAUGUAAUGUUUUCACUGAAGCUUGGGCCCGUAUAACUUGAAUAAGUGUAAAAACGCAUUCUCUUUGGUUGUUUGUUCCAAUGGACAAUGAAAAUGAUUACAUACCAUAAAUUCCUGUGGAUUAUAUAUAAAUAAUAAUACCAGAAUGGUAUGGUAUAAAAUGUAUCGAUUAUAAAUUUAGUAGUAUUGGUUAUUAAUAACAAUGCAAUGCGAAUUUGACUGAAUUAAAUGUAUUCAUUCCAAGUAUUUUUUUUACAUAUAAAAAUCAUUUUCUGUCUAAAUAUAAUGGGGAAGAACUGGACGUAGACACGGUAAUAUUCAGUACGAGGUAUUCAGUUUAUGUUAAAUUACCAGUUUAUUUCUAAGUAUGUUUUUAUAUUAUAACAAUUCAAGUGUACGGACUGGAUAGAGAUAGAAAGCCGUAAUAGGUUUGAGCUGUGACUACACAAACAGUAAGAACUAAAGUAAGGCAAUAUAAAAAUGGCCUCAUAACUAUCACAUGGAUCCUCAUGGAAUGGAGUUCAUAAAAGUUUCAAUUCCAUUCCAUGCAACUUCUGGGGGGUAUCCUUCUUUAGCGUUGAUUUUAGCGUUACAUUGUUACUUUAACCAGAUAAAAUUACCUACGUCGUCUAUUUAUAUUUUAUUACUAAUCUAUAAAUUAGACUCGAAGUAUCGUUCGAUCGAUGAAGUUAGUUUAAUCGUUUUCAUUCGAUUGAGCUAAUUUUUCUACACACAUUGCAUUUUACAUGAAAGUGUUGAGCAGGCCUGGUAAUGAUGCAUUAAUGCGCCUGCAGGAAGUACUCACAAUUGCUUUACGCAUAGAUUGUGAGUCAAGUGCAAUUUGCUCGUGAUCUUCCUGCAGGCGCACAAGUUAUUGUGUAUUUUCAUCGCCUGGCACUACUUUUCCCCCAAAUAAAACGCCUGGCAUAGUUAUAUUUGAAUUAAAUACAUAAUUAGCUAUUAUGUCACACCAAACACAGAGCUCUAUAAAUUGCACACCUUUAAUUGAUUUUACAACCACUUUGUGGCCCAUCCACUCCCACACCCACCGCUAGACAGGUGCCAGGCGCCCGGAUUAAUUAAUAAUGAUAGUAUGGUAUACUAACUAGAGGGAUUUCGUUACUCUAUAAAUUGCAUACCUAUUUCCGUGGCUAGCUCUCCCUCUAUAAGGUCUUUGGAAGUCUGCCUAAAACAAGCAAUCUAGUUGAGGCGCGAUAUGCCUAUAUUCCCUUUAUGAACCUAAAAAAUUGCACUUGUCAAAAUAAUGGAAUCAUUGUUAGAAACUUAUUUAUACUCCAAUCUUAGUGCCUGUUGGAAAUCAGCGAUGAUGACUGACUCUGUCGAAAAUAAACAUCAAUCAUUGAAAAUAACUUCAAAUUAAAGUAGUAAAGCAAUAAUAACAUGAAGAUUUUACACCGUUCCAAACAGUAGCUUUGCUAGCAUCGCGAUAGUACGUAAGUGAUCGAAUGUUUUGUACCUAAUCUCGUCUGUAGAUAGACGGCGAUGACCGAAGCCAUGUUAACCUAAGCCUAAGUCUGGUUGUGAGGUGGCUGGCGACGGUUGCGCAAUCGACGUCCUGAUACCCAGGGCUCUCGUUCGCUCCAACUGCACUUAGGUGCCCACGUCAAACUGCAUGCGUCUUCACCAACAAUUAGCUAUCAAACUGUUUUGUAAGUUAUGUUAAGUGUCUUCAUCAACAAUUAGCAAUCAAACUAUUGUAGUUAUAUCAAGUAUGUAUAAGAUUGCUCAAACUCUGCUAACUCUGCACCGACUUUGAAGUGAGGAAGUGCUACUAAAAAUGCUAUACAUUCUAACAAUUCGAUGUGUAUGGUGGUACUUCCACACUCUGUCACUUGCCAAGGCGGUGCAAAGUUAGAUUAGACUGACACUAGACAACUUUGACAAUAAGUUUGAUGUAGUGUGUACACAGUGGAAAGUUGUUUGUUUUAGUCAUCGAGCCUAUAAUUAACAUUGCCUACUUGGCAAACCUAUUUUACAACAAACAGCUGUCUAAUAUUUAUUUUCAAUCCUGAUAAUGGUGGCAAUUAUUACAAAUAAGAUAAAAGAGAAUCACUGUUUUGUAUUGUAAGUUAGGAAAAAUGGCGCUUGGUAGGCAAUGUUGAACAAUUAUACAAUACUGCGCGGCAAUAUACAAACAAUAUACGAUUUGAUGUGUCAGUCUUGGGAUACGAUUACAUUCGGAAGUAGUUAUUUUAUGAACAAGACAAUAAUUACUAUCUGUUAAUCCCCAGUUGAAAGUAUAGGGCUCUUUAUGAUUUCCAUAUUUGUAUUGGAUUCGUACAACAGACAACAGUUAGCGUAUUCAAUUGUGUAUACUUGUUAAUAACAAGUACCAAUCUUGUGCAGUAAGGGAUGACUAAAGUUGUUAAUAAGAGUCAAUAUAAGCGUUUUAAUUUAAUGACUCGAGUUCACAAUUUCAAUACCGCUCGUGACACACAAUGUUUUGCAUCACACUUGUGAAGAAAAAAACAAAAUUAAGUGUUACGGUAAAACUCGCUUAUUUUAAAUAAAUAUUUGACCUUCUUGGUUCGUAAGACAUAAUAUAUACUUAUUACAGUUAUCAAAUGUAAAAGAGGAUAACAAUAAUAAAAAAAUCCUAGGGUAAAUGGCCUAUAAGUAAUGGUCUAAACCUGCGUGUUAUACCGAUAUACCCACCACGCUGUAUAAGCAAGUGUGAUUAAAAUACGUUACCUAUCUGUAACACAAUGCCUAGUUUAAAUUAAACUAGUGAAUAGUGGCGAAUCGGUGUAUUAUGGCGUCGACUGUGCAUUAGCAAUAAAUCGCGUUUUUAUAACUUUUGUAUAACUUAAGUUUAGAUCUAAACGCAAACCGUUAAACACAUGACUGAGAUGGUGCAAUAUAAAAGUAGUUUUUGUAAUAAUUUCCGACCAACGGGGCUGUAAUCUUACAGGGUAGAUCUAGAUACCCUAGGCAUCAAAACAUCGUACUACUCGCCGAGGUCUCGUGUCGAGUUCGGUAUUGGAUUGGUUCUGUAUCAUUUCCUUGAUUAUCAUUAUUACAUACAAUACCAAGACAGGUUUACUGAAGUAUUAUUUUUGCAUUCAUCUUACGUGGGUUUUUUGACAUAUAUCACUUUAUUAUAUUGGAUAUAUUAUAUUUUCUUGUGUCCGCAAGGUAGUGUUAGGUGUAUAUUGAAUUAAAUAUAUAAGUUAAAAACA